CAAGCCUCCUACUAAUAAUUCGUCAUUAUCUACCAAAAAAAAAUCAACAUAUAAAAUAGAAAUGAGCCGAAGAUCGGAAUACCGGUGGGCUCAAUAUAUGCGUCUCCACACGCAGUAGCCUGUGCCGAGGCUGCUACGCGCAUGUGAGUUUAAUGACUAGCCGAGAUAGUAUAUAUAUCCUCCGACAUGCGGGGUGAGACAGUGUAUCCAUUUCUUUAGCCAUCAUCGUGCAAAUCUUGCUACCCCAGUAAUAUUGAAUCUAACAAGAGACUCACCAUCCCGAACACGUGUAUAUAUUCCACAUAUCUCGCUUUUCACCCCCGUUUAUAUCAAUAACGUUGAAUUAAAAUUAAAGAAUGGUCAAAGUCACCGUCUGUGGAGCCGCUGGAGGCAUCGGCCAACCUUUGUCCAUGCUUUUAAAGUUGAACCCGCAAGUGUCACAUCUUUCAUUGUUCGAUAUAGUUAAUGCACGUGGUGUUGCAGCCGAUCUUUCUCACGUCAACACGUCGGCGCGAGUCACGGGCCAUCAGCCUUCUUCGAAAGAUGACAAAUCCGCUAUCGUGGAUGCCCUUACAGACUCGGAUAUUGUGGUAAUACCUGCUGGUGUUCCACGAAAGCCUGGGAUGACAAGAGCAGAUCUAUUCAACAUCAAUGCCCUGAUAAUUCGGGACUUGAUUGCUAAUGUGGGAAAGACUUGCCCCAAUGCUACAAUCUUGAUCAUCUCAAACCCAGUGAAUGCCACAGUGGCAAUUGCUGCUUCAGUUUUGAAGAAGCUCGGGAUCUUUAAUCCACGUAAGUUGCUCGGUGUUACGACUUUAGAUUCAGUAAGGGCAGAAACAUUCUUGGGUGGUUUGAUAGGCGAGACUCCGCACACUUUGAAAGGAAAAAUUUCGGUCAUUGGAGGACACUCUGGAGAUACUAUUGUUCCGCUUAUACACUUCGACAGCUCCAUCUCUGCAAAAGUUAAAGACAUCUCUGAAACCGAUUACAUAGAGUACGUGCGCAGAGUGCAAUUUGGAGGGGAUGAAGUCGUUAAAGCAAAGAACGGUGCUGGUUCUGCGACGUUAUCAAUGGCAUAUGCCGGCUAUCGCUUUACUGAAUAUGUUUUGGAUUCAUUCGCCAACAAAAUCUCGAAGGAAGGUAUUCCGGACUCUGCUUACAUCUAUUUGCCUGGUGUUGAAGGAGGGAUAAAUUUGUCUGCCAGCCUUGGUGUGGAGUUUUUUUCCGUGCCAGUUGUAUUGAGAGCGGGCGAAGUCGCCUCUUUUCACGCUCCAGAAAAACUCUUGAGAACAAAAACUGAAAAUGAAAUGGUUCGUGUGGCAAUCGAUGGUUUGAAGGGCUCAAUUGCUCAAGGUAUUAACUUUGUCGAGGGCUCGAGAUUGUAAAAGAUUGGGCGAGUGCAGUUUUGGUAUAUACAAGUGCGAUUAUGACAUAAAAUACUUCCAAAUUCAUUUCCAGAUUUUAUAUAUGUCAAUCUAUUGUUCCACUUAGGCAACAAAUCAAAGUAGCCCAAG